GGGGACAUACACGUUUGAUGCACAGUGUUUGUCUUUGUUUCCAAGCAGGCAUAGUUAACUGUAGUCUCUUAAAACUGUUAAGAAUCCAUGCCCUACCCCGGUCCAACAAUGUGGUGUUUGUCCUUGCAGAGGAGAUCUGUCCACUCCUCGCCAUGUUUAAUGAAGAAGUUACAGACUAGUAAAAGUCCCGCCGAGCAGCGCUGGCUGCAGCGACAGCUCAAAGACCCGUAUGUUAAAGCUUCUCAUGCGCAAAACUUCCGGUGCAGAAGUGCCUUCAAGCUGCUGGAGAUAGAUGACAAGUUCAGGCUUUUACAGCCUGGGUGUAGUGUGGUGGACUGCGGAGCUGCACCUGGAGCCUGGAGCCAGGUGGCGGUCCAGAGAGUCAACUCCGCCGGGACAGCAGAGGAAGAUGCAGCAUUACCACAUGGUACAGUUGUUGGCAUUGAUCUGCUGAACAUACCACCUCUGGACGGUGCCCACUUCCUGUCCAGUCAUGAUGUCACCGACCCUGUUACGCACACCAAGCUUCUGGAGCUGCUCCCCAGCGGCCGGGCUCAUGUCAUCCUGAGCGACAUGGCGCCCAAUGCCAGCGGGUUCCGGGAAAUGGACCACGAGAAACUCAUCACAAUGUGUUUGUCUUUGAUAGACUUGGCUGAGAAGAUUUUACAGCCGGGGGGCUCUUUGGUUUGUAAAUACUGGGAUGGAAUCCUCGCUCAUAAACUUCAGAAGAAACUGUCAAGUGUGUUCAGUAGUGUUCAGACUUUAAAGCCAAAUGCCAGCAGGAAAGAUUCAGCUGAGCGAUAUUUCCUUGCUAGAAUGUACAGAAAGACUGUAAAAGGAUCAUAGUUGUCUUUUAUUUUUCUAAUGUGUGUCCUGAAAUGAUCAAUUUGUCCUAAUUAGAUGUUUUCUGGAGAUUCACAGACUCUAUUUUUCAUGAAUAAACAUGAAUAAGAGGCUUGCUUAGUAACUUUGAUCAAAAGGUGGCACUGUUGAGGCAUCAGUGAGCUUCACAGCUGCAGGCACAGA